UGAAGAUCGUCUAAAUACGUGCAAUGUUUGCCCCGCCUGUUAAACACACGACAGAGAGCGUGAAGAAGUUCCGCUUCAGUGUGACUGAGAGUCGAAUCCUAAUCAGAAAGAUCCGCGUCUGUCUCAAACUCCUGGCUCGAGAUGGACUGGACGGCGUUCUGCGCGCUUUUCUCGUGUGUUUCACUCGUUAGUUCCUCGAAACUACAUCCUCGAGUGACGGUGGACACGGGUAUAACCAGGUUUUCUUUCGAAAAUAAUAUUAGUUUAAUGAAACUCGGUGACGCUUCUAGUGACAAAAUCAUCUGGGUCGGAGGACAGAGCGUGCUUUAUUCCAUCAGCCCAACACAAGGCUCCAAACCCCUUCAGGUGAACGUCCCUCCAUUUCAGAACGAAAACAAAGAUUCAAACAGCUCUCCCCGUUCCCUCAGGUUCUCUGUGCUCCAGGAGGGGGCUGAUGGAAACGUCCUGUUCAUCUGUAGUUCGUUUGACGGAAACUCAGAGUGCUGCAACUUGACCUCCAGUUAUUCUCUGACCGAUUGCUUCACAUCAGAAAAUUAUGAGCCAGAUAUUAAUGAGCCAUCAUUACUCGUUGGAAAUAUGCUGUAUUUCACCAAGCGUGAUAAAGGCUUAUACAGGAUAAACAACAACAAAAAAUACAACAUUUGGCCUCAGACGAAUGAAGAGGAGCAAACUUACCUGAAGCUGGUCGCUGGGAAAGGACAACACAAAGACAAAGUUUAUUCCUUCUUCACCGAGAAACAUAAGAGUGAAGACGAAUCUGAGCUCUGGAUCCCGCGAGUCUCUCAGAGCUGCAUGGACGAUAACGGCGGAUCUAAGAGCCUGCUUCAGAGCAGCUGGACGUCUAUGAUUUACAGCCGUCUGUUCUGUGGGAAAGGAUAUGAAUUCACUAAGAUGAUAGAUGUGGCCACACUGGAAACAGACAAUGACAUCAAAGUAUAUGCGCUUUUCAGGAACUAUUGGAACAUAAGUGCGGUGUGUGUUUAUAACAUGACUGAAAUCAGCAGCAUCUUCACGUCUUCUGAAUUCAACUCUAGAAGCGUUCCUGACAAUCACCGGCCUGGAACGUGUGGGACGGACAGUACUGCUCUAUCACCUGAAGUGCUGGGGUUCAUGAAGGAUCGUCCAGAGAUGAAGGACUGGGUGAUGCCAGAGAACGGGCCCCUGCUGUUCACACACCGUCAUUACACUCACAUACAGGUGGACCGGGUGCGGGGCCACACCGUCCUGCUUCUGUCUCUAGAAAGUGGAGGAGUUCAUAAAGUGCUGGAAAAUCCUCUUUUUGUGAUCGCCGAGUAUCUGCCGUUUCAACACGAGACGCACAUCACCAGCAUGCUGCUGGACGCCUCGGAGCGGCGUCUGUACGUGAGUUCCAGUCACGAAGUGGUUCAGAUUGAUCUACAGACGUGUCAAGCGUACGGAGACCAGUGCAACGAAUGCAGAUUAUCUCGAGACCCCUACUGUGGUUGGGACGGUUUGCGCUGCACCUCCAGAGCGAAAUUCCCAGCCCUGGACAUCUUAAACUGCAAUAAGCCCGAAGCCGCUCCGUCUAAGACCGAGGUAGAGAGCGAGUCGACGGUGAUCCACGUCUCUCCGUCCUCUAAACACUUCCUUCUCUGCCCAAAGACGUCGCACCACGCCGAGUACCGCUGGUACCGCGGGGAAACGCUCGAGGAGUGCGUUCACUCCAAACAGAGCUGUUUGUACCUCAUCCACAGCAUGAAUGAGACUCAUGAAGGACACUACAGGUGCGAGUCUACAGAGGAAGGCUAUACUCAGACGCUCAGACAAUACACGCUCAGCAUGAGUCGCUCGGACGGGCUCCGUCUCGCUCCUCUGUUACUGAUGCUCACAGCCUGUCACGGCCUGCUGGCGUCCUUCUGAAGGUAUUACCGUAAAAUGAAUGUUUAUCGAAUAUGUGCAAUACCGAGCUUCUCAUGAAAGCCCGUUUAGUCAUCGGUCAUAAGAGCAUGCAAACACACGAGGUGGAUGUGGGAGAGGAUGUGGAGAGAUUUAUGGGAUGUUUUUAUCGUUAUUUUCACGAUCAGCUGUAUUUGUCAUGAGUUCAGUCCAACAUUUGGACACAAACUCGAUUUAUUUUAAUGCCCUUUUGAUCUAAAGGAGUCUGAAUGGUUUAGCUGGCAAAAACAAAUCAAUAUUUUUUAGAAAUUACAUUUUUUUUUUUACUCUAAGUCUCAGUAGACAAAAAAAAUAUUUCAAUAUUUUAAGAUUUUAACAAUUUAAAAAUAUAAAUUUAAUAUGAAUUUUAAUAUUCGAAAACUUAAUUAAUAAAAAGAGGCUCAUAUGUAGGAGUCUUCAUUUGUGUAACAUUUAGAUCAUGUCAUCCCCAAACGUAUAUUUGUGUAAUUCUAUAACUAUUUAAACUAUUAUUCUAACACGAGGAAAUGAGUGAUUAAGUAUUUGAGUGCUGGCGUGUGUAAUAUGUCCACGUUCAGCCUUGUGUGAUUGUUAUCUCCUAAAAAUAAUUUAUAAUUCCCGACUUUGAGAAAAGCACGUCGGUGUAAAUCACUUUAUUUCUUCAUAUUGGCAUUUCAUUGCCUUGGACAAAGAAACAUCACACCUGGUGUCCUUUAUUGCAGAGACAGAUUGUGACACGCUGGUCAUUCUGAAAGCGCGGCUGUGUCUCAACACUCUUCUUUACAAUCAGUGACACUUCAUGUGAUAUUUGGCAACAUCUAAUGACUUUCAGCCAUUUUUAAACCUUGUCCUGCUGAAAAAACCCCUGCUCAACAGCGGCUGGCCUAAUUGUCUGUAGUAUAUUAUAUUAUCGCCAAAUCUUGGUUUUAAUUUAGCCAAUAUUGACCUAAGAUCGAUCGAUCUAUCUAUCUAUCUAUCUAUCUAUCUAUCUAUCUAUCUAUCUAUCUAUCUAUCGUUUCAUCAAUGAAUAGUGUUCACUAUAAACUGUGAUGCUCCACUAGCGACGACGUUCAUCCAGUAAUGACUGUAUGACGUGAUGAGAGUCAUAUUUAUUUAUCAGUAAAAUGAAAAUGACAUACUGAUGUGUAAAAAGGAGGCGAUGGGUAAAGCUGGUCUUAUCCGCCCUCUCUAACUUGGUUUUUAUAUAGAUAUAUAAUAUAAACAUGCCAAAGGAUCGACAGAUGCUGUUUAUUUUUUUGUCUUUGUACUUUUAUAUUUUUGUAUUUAUUAGAGAUUAUUUCACAAUAAAUUAAGUGUCCUUAAGCAUUUUCAAAUGAAAAGGAUGUGAAAAACAAACACUCCACCCACCCAUAGAGGAUCUGGCGCCCCACGCCUCUAUAAAGGUCAUGGAAGCAGUUUCACGAUCAGUUCAUCAUUAGUCAUUUAUUUCCCUCAAGUGUUGGUGGAUUUGUCCUUUCACACACUCAUUUUUCUAAUUAAAGCGUUUAAAAAUGUC